CUAUGUCUGAUGUGGAGGAAGAGAAUGAGGAUCAGCGGGAGGAGGACGAGGAGGAAGGAGAAGAAGAGGAGCGUCCUAAAUACAAGCCCAUGGUCUCCCAGCUCGCUGCCCCCAAAAAUCCUGAGGGGGAUAGGGUGGACUUUGACGUGAGCCUACAUGACAUCCACAGGAAAAGAAUGGAGAAGGAUCUUCUGGAGCUGCAGACCCUGAUCGACGUCCAUUUUGACCAGAGGAAGAAAGAAGAGGAAGAGCUCAUUGGACUCAAGGACAGGAUUGACAACCGCAGAUCAGAGAGAGCGGAGCAGCAGCGUGUGCGAGCAGAAAAGGAACGGGACAGACAGUCGAGAAUUGCGGAAGAGCGGCAGAGGAAAGAGGACGAGGAAGCCAAGAAAAGGGCGGAUGACGAAGCCAAGAAGAAGAAAGUGCUCUCUAACAUGGGGGCUCACUUUGGGGGUUUCUUGGCAAAGUUCUGGGUGAUGAUGCCCCCCCAGGCAGAGCAGAGGAGAGGGAAGAGACAAACAGGGAGGGAGAUCAAGAAGAAGACACUGGCGGAGAGGCGCAAACCCCUCGCUAUUGACAACCUGAGAGAGGACGGCCUGAGGGAGAGAGCUAAAGAGAUGUGGGAGUGGAUUUACCAGCUUGAGUCAGACAAAUUUGACCUGACUGAAAAGACGAGACGACAGAAAUACGAGAUAAACGUUCUUCUGAAUAGAAUUUCUCAUGCCCAGAAAUUUAAAAAGGUCCAUGGUAAGGGAAAGGUUGGAGGUCGCUGGAAGUGAGCACACAGUGGAAGCAGUGAAGAAAGAAGACCAUAUAUUCUGUUUCAGGAACGCUUUACAAACACAAUGCCUCAACAUUUUUCUCUUGAACCCAUUGAGGUGACACGAUUUACUGUGUGACAUUAACUGAAACAGAUUCUAUGUAUUACUGUACUCAUUAAAACAUGUCUAUAUUUAA